AUGAGAUAUCCGGAGGAUCAGGCUUAUGCGUACCCUCAAAAGCAAUAUGGUUAUGACCAAGGAGCUUAUGAUUAUCAAGGAUACAAUUACGAUCCUUAUCAACCCGAAGGUGAUGGGUAUUAUAAUGGACCACCUCAAUACUAUUACGAUUCAAACUAUAAUCCAAAUUACGAUCCAAAUUAUCCACCUCAAGGUUAUCCACAAGAGGGAUAUCCACAAGAGGGAUAUCCGGUAGAUGAAUUUGGUCAACCAAUACAUUAUGACCAAUCUAAUAGAACAUAUUCAGAUAGUGCAAGUAAUAUAUCAUCCGCAACAAAACAAAAAGAUCCUGCUAAAGCAGAAGAAAAACCUUCAUAUGCGCCUGAAGCUAUAGAAAAAUAUCGUCAAAAGGCUAAAGAUAGUGGGGAUCCUGCUACAUUAUUUAAGUUUGGUAAUUAUCUAAUUGAAGCUGCUGGAGCUACAGAUGAACAAGAUCCUAAAAGUGCUAAGAAGAAAAAGGAUGCUUUACUUCAGGAAGCAGUUAAGAUUAUUAAACGUUUGGCAACGCAAGGAAUAGGAUUUGGUCGCCCAGCAUAUCCUGACGCUCAAUUUUAUCUUGCAAAUUGUUAUGGUAAUGGAUCAUUAGGGUUACCCAUGGAUCCUGAUAAGGCUUUUAACUUAUAUAUGCAAGCUUCGAAACAAAACCACGCUACCGCUACUUACCGUACUGCUGUAUGUUAUGAAUAUGGUGCUGGAACAAAACGCGACCCAAAUCGUGCUACUCAAUUCUAUAAAAAAGCUGCUGCGUUAGGUGAUACAGCCGCCAUGUAUAAACUCGGUAUUAUAAUGUUAAGAGGAUUAUUAAACCAAAAUCCAAAUCCUCGUGAUGCUGUUAUAUGGCUUAAACGGGCGGCGGCCAAUGCUGAUGAAGAGAACCCACAUGCACUACAUGAGUUAGGUUUAUUACAUGCAAAACCUGAAAAAGAACCUCCAGAAAUUCCUUCAUUAAUUAGGAGUGAAAAACAUGCUAUAGAAGAAUUUAAGAAGGCGGCGGACCUGGGUUACGCACCUUCUUGUUUUAAAUUGGGUUGUUGUUAUGAAUACGGUCAAUUAGGAUGCCCUGUUGAUCCACGCCAAUCAAUUAGAUACUAUUCUCGUGCUGCUGAAAAAGGUCACUCAGAAGCAGAAUUAGCAUUAUCUGGGUGGUAUUUAACUGGAUCAAACGGUAUAUUAAAUCAAUCUGAUACUGAAGCGUAUUUAUGGGCGCGUAAGGCUGCUGAUAAAGGACUUGCAAAAGCAGAAUAUGCGAUUGGAUAUUUUACUGAAGUAGGAAUAGGUGUUAAAGCAGAUAUUGAAGAAGCGAGGCGUUGGUAUAUGCGCGCUGCAGCUCAGGGAAAUAAGAGAGCAAUGCAACGUCUUAAAGAAUUGAAUUUCGGUCACGCAGGUCGUGCAAAACCGGCAAAAUACACAAGAGCGCAAGCAAACAAAGAAGACUGUACUAUAUCUUAA